AACAUAUCAUGUAACAAAUCAAUUCUCAACAAAACUAACAAUUCACAUUUCCCACUUUGCGGCAAAACCAAAGUCUCAAUCUUUUCAUCUCUAUGAUGAUAACUAUAUACUUUUCUUUCAUUCACUAUCACAAUUCAUUAUUAUUCUUAUUCAAAGUAUAGUACAAUUUCUCUCUCUUUCUUCAACAUGCUUGUUAUUGUUAUUGCUAUUGUUACUUGUUAGUUUCAGAUUCUGUUUUUCUGUUACAAUUGUUUGUUCAAUUCAAAUUCUUUGGUUAGAACAAGAAAAAAAAGUUUUUUGUUAACCAUGGCUGCAAAGAAAGCUAUUGAAACAUUCUCCAAAAGCUUGAUAGAAGAAGUACACAAAUGGGGUUGUUUCAAACAAACUGGUGUGAGUUUAAGAUACAUGAUGGAUUUUGGUUCUAAACCAACUUCCAAGAAUUUGUUGAUUUCUGCACAGUUUCUUCAUAAGGAACUUGCCAUUAGAAUUGCUAGAAGAGCUGUUGAGCUUGAAAGGCUUCCUUGUGAUUUGUCACAAAAACCUGCUGUUUUGAAGGUUAGAGAUUGGUACUUGGAUUCGUUCCGCGAUAUUAGAUCCUUUUCUGAGAUCAAGAACAUGAAUGAUGAAAAAGAAUUCACUGAAGUGAUCAAGGCCAUAAAAGUGAGACACAACAAUGUGGUACCUACAAUGGCCUUAGGUGUUCAGCAAUUGAAAAAAGAUGUGGACCCAAAGAUUAUUAAUCAGGAUUUUGUUGAGAUUCAUCAGUUCCUUGAUCGUUUUUACAUGUCAAGAAUCGGAAUCCGAAUGCUCAUAGGGCAGCAUGUUGAGUUGCACAGUCCAAAUCCUCCUCCUCAUGUCGUAGGUUAUAUACAUACAAGAAUGUCUCCGGUGGAGGUAGCAAGGAAUGCCGUUGACGAUGCACGCUCUAUAUGCUCUCGUCAAUAUGGAAGUGCCCCUGACGUACAUAUCUACGGUGAUCCUGAUUUUACUUUUCCGUAUGUUCCAGCACACUUGCAUCUUAUGGUAUUUGAGUUGGUUAAGAACUCUUUGCGUGCCGUUGAAGAGCGUUAUAUGAAUUCCGACAAAGAUCCACCUCCCAUAAGAAUAAUAGUUGCUGAUGGAUUAGAGGAUGUUACCAUAAAGAUUUCGGAUGAGGGAGGUGGAAUACCAAGAAGUGGUCUGCGAAAGAUUUUUACAUAUCUGUAUAGUACUGCUAGAAAUCCAUUGGAUGAGCAUGCCGAUCUUGGAGUUGGCGAUAAUGUGACAAUGGCUGGAUAUGGAUAUGGUCUUCCUAUUAGUCGUCUAUAUGCUCGGUAUUUUGGUGGCGAUCUUCAAAUAAUCUCUAUGGAAAAUUAUGGGACUGAUGCAUAUCUACAUCUGUCUCGUUUGGGAGAUUCACAAGAGCCAUUACCUUGAUUACUUUUCAGUCACACUCAAAAGGCACAGUAUGCAACAUUAAAGAAAGAACGUGGUAGGAAAAUCACAUUAAAAAAAAGGACAUAUGCGUUGGCAUUUUUUUCAUUAAGAAAUUUCUUGUAAAUAAUUCAUACAUAAGGUUGUUUUGCCUUUCAAUAUAGCUUUGGGGAUAUGUCCUUUUGUUAUUGCUUAGAAUUAAUAAGGAAAUUGAUGUCUAUGGAGACCCAUCUCUAUGUGGUCCUGAAAAAAUCCAAUCCAAAUUAACCACUCAUUAUAACUUCUUUUUCAUACUCA